AGCCAUGUCACCCUGCCACUCCGCCAGCGUUUGAAGAACAUUUUUGCCUCCGUCGGCUUCCUGUCUUGCCCUGCCCCGCCCCGCCUGCACCGGGUCUGGUCCGCGGGAGACUGAGGGCUCGGCUUGAAGAUCGGCGGUCUAAGGGCUGCCUCCCCGUCACUCCCUGCCCGGACCCCGCUCCCGGGGCCUCCCGCCGCUGCGGCGCCUCCUCGGAGAGCACGGGUCAGCUGCCCCUGCGGCCGCGGCUGGUCCCAGACUCACUGAAUCGGGAACUCUGGUCUGGGUCCAGAAAUCGGAGUGAUUCUGAUGCAGGCGAGAGUUGGAGAACGAAUGUCGUAGUUCAUCAGCCUCCGAAAGCAUCCUUUGCUCUCUUUCCAGAAAGGAAGAGCAUCUCUGCCAUUCGGGUCUCAAGGACAAGCGCCUGAGCCUCGUUCUCUGUGAGCUGAUCUGUGGAUCGCGGCGAGUCGGCCACUCGGGAGGCAGAGGUUGCAGUGAGCUGAGAUCGCAUCACUGCACUCCAGCAUGGGCAAUAGAGCGAGACCCUGCCUCAAAAAAAGAGAAAAGAUUGUAUUUGGUCUCUGGAUUUUACACUCUGCCUAUGGACAUCAGUUUGAUACAUUAUAUUCAGGGGACAUGGAGGAGGAAAGAACAACUGUUGAAUUACAGAAAAAUAGCAUACAGGACUCAGUAGUCUUUGAGGAUGUGGCUGUGGACUUUACCCAGGAAGAAUGGGCUUUGCUGGAUCUUGCUCAGAGGAACCUCUACAGAGAGGUGAUGCUGGAAAACUUCCAGAACCUGGCCUCACUAGGGUAUCUGCUACACACACCCCAUCUGAUCUGCCAGUGGGAACAAGAGGAGGACCUGCAGACAGUGAAGAGAGAACUUAUCCAGGUCAUCUUUAUGGGAGAGCACCAGGAAGGUUUUGAGACUCAACUUAAAACUAAUGAAUCAGUUGCUCCACAAGAUAUUUGUGGAGAAAAAAUAUCCAAUGAACAAAAAAUAGUAAGAUUCAAAAGGAAUGAUUCUUGGUUCUCCACUUUACAUGAAAACCAGGAGUCCUGUGGUAUUGAUGAUCAGAACAAAAGCCAUGAGAGACAUUUGAGAAAUCACAUGGUAGAGAACAUCUAUGAAUGUUGUGAAGAAAAUCAAGAUGGACAGACUUUCAGCCAAGUUCCAAAUCUUGAUUCACUCAAGAGAAAUACUGAAGUAAAAUCCUAUGAAUGCCAUGAGUGUGGAAAGGCCUUCGUGGAUCAUUCAUCCCUUAAGAAUCACAUCAAGUCUCAUACUGGAAGCAAACCCUAUCAGUGCAAGGAAUGUGGGAAGGCCUUCCAUUUUCUUGCUUGUUUCAAGAAGCACAUGAAAACCCCCACUGAAGAGAAGCCCUACGAAUGUAAAGAAUGUACCAAGGCCUUCAGUUGUUCCUCAUUCUUUAGGGCACAUAUGAAGAUUCACGUCGGAAAGACAAACUAUGAAUGUAAGGAAUGUGGGAAAGCUUUUAGUUGUUCCUCAUCACUCACAGAACACAAAAGAAUUCAUAGUGGAGAUAAGCCUUAUGAAUGUAAGGAAUGUGGGAAGGCCUUCAGUUGUUCCUCCUCACUCUCCAAACACAAAAGAAUUCACAGUGGAGAUAAGCCAUAUGAAUGUAAAGAAUGUGGGAAGGCCUUUAGCUCUUCCUCUCACCUUAUAAUACAUAUAAGAAUUCACACUGGAGAGAAGCCUUAUGAAUGUAAAGAGUGUGGGAAGGCCUUCAGCGAGUCCUCAAAACUCACUGUACAUGUGAGGACACAUACUGGAGAGAAACCCUACAAAUGUAAGGAAUGUGGGAAAGCCUACAAUUGUCCCUCCUCCUUAAGUAUCCAUCUAAGAAAACACACUGGAGAAAAACCCUAUGAAUGUCUGGAAUGUGGAAAGGCCUUCUACCUCCCCACUUCCCUUAAUACACAUGUGAAAAAUCAAAGUCGAGAGAAACCCUAUGAAUGUAAGGAAUGUGGGAAGGCCUUUAGUUGUCCCUCGUCCUUUAGAGCACAUGUGAGAGAUCACACUGGAAAGAUACAGUAUGAAUGUAAGGAGUGUGGGAAGACCUUUAGUCGUUCCUCGUCCCUCACCGAACACCUAAGAACUCACAGCGGAGAGAAGCCGUAUGAAUGUAAGGAAUGUGGGAAAGCCUUUAUUAGUUCCUCCCACCUUACAGUACAUAUCAGAACUCACACUGGAGAGAAACCCUAUGAAUGUAAGAAAUGUGGGAAAGCCUUUAUUUAUCCCUCAGCCCUUAGGAUCCACAUGAGAACACACACUGGGGAAAAACCCUAUGAAUGUAAGGAAUGCGGGAAAGCAUUUCGUCAUUCUUCAUACCUUACUGUACAUGCAAGAAUGCACACCGGAGAGAAACCCUUUGAAUGUCUGGAAUGUGGAAAAGCCUUCAGUUGUCCCUCAUCCUUUCGAAGGCAUGUGAGAAGCCACACUGGAGAGAAGCCCUAUGAAUGUAAAGAAUGCGGGAAAGCCUUUGUUUGUCCUGCCUACUUUAGAAGACAUGUGAAAACUCACACUAGAGAAAACAUAUAAAUGUAAGGAAUAUGGGAACGUCUGCAAAGCUUCAGAUCCUAGGCAACUUGUGAGAUCUCAUACUGUGGAGAUACCCUAUGAAUGUAAGAAAGUAGGAAAUUGUUGCUCAUCAUUUUGAAGAUUUGAGGACACUUUAGAGAAACCCUGUGUAUGUAAAUCAUGUACUGAAAACUUUAUGAACAUUGCUUAUUAUGUAUAAGAAAAUUCGUACUAGAAAUGAAGAUCAGUGCCUCAUCCUUAAAGUAGACUGCUGGCUCUUUGAUUACCAGUGUUUUCUGAUAGGAACAUUUAAAGUGAUAAAUUUACCUUUUCAGCUCCAGCCACAUACCUUUUAGUAUGAGGUGCUUUAAUUUUGGUUCUGAUGUAAAUAUGAUUUCCAUGACAAAAUCUUUUGGAUCCAUGGAGGAUAUGAAAAAAUUUUUCUGUAUAGGCAGGAGUGGUCUUUUUUUAAAAAGUGGUUUAUAAUUAAUGUUCAUUGUUCUUUAAAUGGGUAGUCACUAUAAUAUUGACAUUUUGGUUAUUGUUGUUUUGUUUUUAGUCUACAUGGCAGAUAGCAGAACUUGCCCACUCAAUAUUUUUCUUCCUAUUCUUUUUCCUAAGAGACGUUGGAGUUUCUGAGAUGAUCAAUUUUUACUGUUUAAAGCUUUUAUUGUCUAGUGAGUAACUUCAGCAGAAAUUAAUUUAAUAUACUAUUUUUAUAUUUUAUUCUUUGUCCUUGCUCGUGGCUGGGAAUUGGAUUCAGUGUUUUGAGUGUAAAAAUUGUAUUACAUUAACUAUAUUUCCCAAAAUCACUUUUUUCUCCAGUUCUAGGUUAGACUUGUCUAAUAUAAGAAUUUGUAUGAGAUUUGGAAGGCAUAAGGGAAGAAAAAGCCAUUAUGCUACGUUUAGUGGGGCCAUCAGAUAGGGAGACAGAUGUAUAAAGGCCUGGUGACCUCUAGUUUUCAGCUCAUUUUUUGAAUUGUUGGACUCAUUGAUCAAUAUUUGCUCAAAACUGAAUGUUAUAGCCGGGCAUGAUGGUGCAUGCCUGUGGUCACAGCUACUCAGGAGGUUGAGGCAGGAGGAUCACUUGAGCCCAGGAGUUUGAGGCUGCAGUUAACUAUGAUCAUGCUACUGCACUCUAACCUGAGUGACAGAGUGAGACCCUUUCUCAAAAACAAAACAAAACAAAAAACCAAACAUUAAAUGGUUGCUUGUCUUCAGUGUCCUCCAAGGCAGCAUCUCUAUAGCUAUCACCAUAUACAACUUCUUGGAUUUUCUGGCAAGCUCUGGCAUUGCCAUUUUGCUUGUGUUGCAGUCUGUCUUACACAGUCCAAUCGCAUCAUGUUGCGCUAUUCAUGGGGAAAGAUAGUUUUGCAAGUCUCAAAAGCAAGAGCUGGCCGGGCGUGGUGGCUCACUCAUGCCUGUAAUCCCAGCACUUAGGGAGGCCGAGGCGGGCAGAUCACGAGGUCAGGAGAUCCAGACCAUCCUGACUAACACCGUGAA